GUUGGCAAUCUCUCUCGAAUCGCCAACGUUUCAAUCACCAAAUUAACAUCAAUAUCCCAGAUAGAUUAACCAACAAAAAUAUACAAUGACUAAAUCUAUCCGUGCAAUGCGUGAAAAGCCAUCAAAAACAACGUUUAACGAUUAAACAAUAACGUGCUGGUCCCACCCCCGAAGAGAGACAGAGGCGGAGAUAGCGGGAGGAUUAGAAGAAGAGGGAACGUCUCAUCGUGCACCGUAUUAGAAACACAUAAACGAUGUCAAGAGCAAUUUGGAUGAAAUAUGUCAGUCCAGGAUACGGUCUGGAGGAGGCAGGAUCAAGGGGGUGACCUUACGCGUAUUGAAAAGUUUUCGCGUAUUCCUAAUCUUUUUUUUGAAAACUUCGUAAGUGUUUCGAGAGGUGUUCGAUAGCGAUGGGUUCGGAGGAACAUCCUAAGAUUGAGAAGGAGAGGACUGCCAGUGUUACUCCGUUCUCAAUCAACGAUAUAUUGAGUAGGGACACUUCCAGUGAAGUACAAGAAGCCGCUUUGGAUAUGUCGAGGACGCAAGAUAGGAGCAGAGAUUCGCUGAUAUCGGGAGCCCGACUAUCAUCAGAGUACGUCCCUUGCCACCAAUCGGAGGAGAGCGGCAGGGAGCCGGCCCAACUGAACAGGAAAAAGCGGUCUCGCGCCGCGUUCACCCACGCCCAGGUCUUCGAAUUGGAACGCCGCUUCAGCCAGCAGCGGUAUCUCAGCGGUCCCGAAAGGGCAGACCUGGCGCAGGCCCUCAAACUCACCGAAACGCAGGUGAAAAUAUGGUACCAAAAUCGACGUUACAAAACGAAAAGAAAACAGCUCCAACUGCAGGAAUCCAGCAUGCUGAGCCACAACGCCAGAAAGGUGGCCGUUAAGGUCCUUGUAAAGGACGACAUGCCCUUAUUCCUCCAACAAAAAUCCUCAGUCUAUCAGAAACCCUACCACGCCGAACCCAACAAGAACGAUUUUUACGUUUACGAACAGAUGAACAAGAACCUGACGCAAAAGUACAACCCGAAGAGUCUGCAGGAAUCCAUGCUGAAUUUGUGUCAGCAGUAUUCAAAUUCCGUUUCCCUCUUUCCCUACUUCAAUUACUACCAUCCGUCACUUUUGGGUAACGUCACAAUAGCCCAAUCAGACGAAGAUCAGCCGCAGAACUGAACGGAAUUUCAAGUAGCAAAUCUUUUAUUGCACGAAACGAAAAGAAGUAGUAGCACAAUGAAAUAUGAACGUUCGGGAUGACUAUGUAUUUAUUUUGUUUCUAGUUAAUUCCUUUUACACCGAAAAAGCUAUUUUAUUCAUCGAUUAUUGUGCUAUAUUUUCGAAAUUGUAUAUAAAUGAAAAUGUACAUAGAAACCACUAUUGUUGUUGAUAAUCCUUAUUAUGAGGAAACAAUGUUGAUAAUCUUAUUUAUCAUAUCUCACAAUCCCAACCAGAAUUUGAAUCAAUGUGUAAAAAAUAAAAAAAAAUAUUAGGAAACACCACGAGAUUUUUAUAAAUAUGUAGCACUUUGUGUCGCAAUAAACUGUAGAUACUUUUA